UCGGUCGUCAAACGCGACAUAACCUUUAAACACUCUUAUUGCCUUAUAAAUGAGGUUAUUCAAAACAAGAUAAAAGCAAAAAAAUCUGAAGAAGAAGAACUAUGAGGGAAACACAAGAUUACAUAGAUUUCUCAAUAACAUCAUGGUUGGAUAAAUUUAAAUCGGUUACAUUAAAAACAGUUAUUAUUGAUAUACCUAUAGAUGUGUGGAUUAAAGUAUCUGACGGUGAUAAAAUUCAUGAAAUUACAGAGUCGUUGCCGCUAGAGCUUAAAAAUCAAAUCAAAAAUGUCAUAAAAACAUUCAACAAUAAAGCGUUUGUCAAAAACAACUGGCACGCCCCUACUGAUGCAAAAUUAUUUAGCCUGGGAAAUAUUUUGCAAGUCGAUCGUUGUGAGGAUAUAUUUAUGUUUUUAACUAUGUCAACAAUUGUACAGAGAGAUUUGGAUUAUAUUGAAAUGGAGAAUAUUGAAGGAUUGGAAUUUUGUAUUGCUUUAAAAGAAUGGAAAAAUAUACAUCCUGCAUCUGAAUUUCGGUGCAUAGUUGUUGGAAAUGUUCUUAGGGGAAUCACACCCAGAGAUUGGCCAACUUUUUAUGCCCAUUUUAAUGAAGAAGGGCCCCAAAUCAUUAAAAAAACCAGAGAGUUUUUUAAUGAGCAUAUUAAAACGAAAUUUCCCAGGGAAAACUAUAUUUUUGACAUUGUUAUGUCUUUUUCGGAUGGUAUUUAUUUGCUGGAUUUUUCUCCUUUAAAUAGAAAUACUGUCUUAUAUGCAUUUAGCUGGAGUGAAAUUCAACCAUUAUUAAAUAAAGAACCUGAAGAUGUAGCCCCUGUGUUUCGUUUUUUGGAAAAAGAUAUAGGGUUAAGACCAAAACAACUGUUACAUCAAUUAAUUGCUGCCCAAACAAACUAAUAUUGUAUUUUAUAUACCUAUAUUGUAUUUUAUAUACCUAUA